GAAUAACGUCGCAGUCAAACGUAGCGUGUUGAUUUAGACACCCUUCUGUUCGUCAACGUUCCGCGCGCAGUAACUGUUCUUGUACAGUGUUCUCGGUGGAAUGUCUUUUGCUCGUUUGUUUUAUUAUAGUUUUCAACGUCAAUCCUUAGUUUAUCGUUCGUAAAUCCAUCACGAAAACAUAUCCUCAACUGUUAAAAACACGUGACUCCAACGACGCACGUGCAUCUUGCGGCCUGUCGCAAGAUUCUACGCAGCUUUCGUAGAAUUCAAUUAAUACAAUUGAAUUUUUACGAAUCACCCCAGUACCACAAGCAACUCAACGUUAUCAUCACGGUUCUCAAGCAUUUGGUUCAUCGAGUCGGAUAGUGAACCGUGCUAAAUUCAACGUACAUCUGAUUCAACAAGCGCAGUCACGAUGAAGGAUAACAUUAACAAGCAGAUUAAGAAUAACGUUGAAGAGGGGACAAAGGAUAGCACUGAAAAGCAGACCAAAGAUGACGUUGAAAAGCAGACCAAAGAUAACUCUAAAGAGCAGACCAAGGAUAACUUUAAAGAACAGACCAAGGAUAGCUUUAUAGGUCUGACCAAGAAUAACUCUAAAGAGCAGACCAAGGAUAAUUAUAAAGAACAGGUCAAGGCUAGCUUUACAGAUCUGACCAAGAAUAACUCUAAAGAGCAGACCAAGGAUAAUUUUAAAGAACAGACCAAGGAUAACUUUAAAGAACAGACCAAGGAUAACUUUAAAGAGCAGACCAAGGAUAACUCUAAAGAGCCGAAUGAGGAUAACUCUAAAGAGCCGAAUAAGGACGACUUCGGAAAGCAGACCAAGGAUAACUCUAAAGAGCUGACCAAGGAUAACUUUAAAGACUGCUCUUUGGUCUGUACUAAGGAUAACUUUAAAGAGCAAACCAAGGAUAACUUUAAAGACUGCUCUUUGGUCUGCACUAACGAUAACUUUAAAGAGCAAACCAAGGAUAACUUUAAAGACUGCUUUUUGGUCUGCACCAAGGAUAACUUUCUAGAGCAGACCAAGGAUUGCUUUCUAGAGCUGACCAAGAAUAACUCUAAAGAGCAGACCAAGGAUAUUUAUAAAGAACAGGUCAAGGCUAGCUUUAUAGAUCUGACCAAGAAUAACUCUAAAGAGCAGACCAAGGAUAAUUAUAAAGAACAGGUCAAGGCUAGCUUUGUAGAUCUGACCAAGAAUAACUCUAAAGAGCAGACCAAGGAUAAUUUUAAAGAACAGACCAAGGAUAACUUUAAAGAACAGACCAAGGAUAACUUUAAAGAGCAGACCAAGGAUAACUCUAAAGAGCCGAAUGAGGAUAACUCUAAAGAGCCGAAUAAGGACGACUUCGGAAAGCAGACCAAGGAUAACUCUAAAGAGCUGACCAAGGAUAACUUUAAAGACUGCUCUUUGGUCUGUACUAAGGAUAACUUUAAAGAGCAAACCAAGGAUAACUUUAAAGACUGCUCUUUGGUCUGCACUAACGAUAACUUUAAAGAGCAAACCAAGGAUAACUUUAAAGACUGCUUUUUGGUCUGCACCAAGGAUAACUUUCUAGAGCAGACCAAGGAUUGCUUUCUAGAGCUGACCAAGAAUAACUCUAAAGAGCAGACCAAGGAUAUCUUUGAAAAGCAGAUCAAGUAUAGCUUUGGAAGGCGGACCAAUGAUAACUUUAAAGAGCAGACCAAGGAUAAUUCUAAAGAGCCGACUAAGAAUGACAUUGAAAAGCAGACCAAGGAUAACUCUAAAGAGCAGACCAAGAAUAACUCUAAAGAUCAGACCAAGAAUAACUCUAAAGAGCAGACCAAGAAUAACUCUAAAGAGCAGGUCAAGGAUUGCUUUAUAGAUCUGACCAAGUAUAACUCUAAAGAGCAGACCAAGGAUGGCUUUGAAAAUCAGAUCAAGUAUAACUUUGGAGGGCCGAUCAACCAUGAAUUAUUACAAGAUCAGAUCCAGCGGAAAUUACCUAACAUAUUUCAGGCCGGUUGUUCCUCAAAUCAAUCAAGAGAAAUCCUUCCGCCUGGCCUCGCACUCAAGGCAGCAACACAGAUGUCACGACUCGAUUCAUUGAAGGACAUCGAAGGAACGUUAGCAGACAUGACGCAUGACAUCACUUAUGCAAAAGUGUCGUUAGAACUUGAAUUGAUGGAAAAAAUUCAUAAAGACUUUCAAAAAGAACAUGCUUCUCUUGAGUCGGCAUGGCCAGCAAACUGUAUUCAUCAUGAAUACUUCGCCUGUGAUGUCUUCCAACAGGAGGUUCAGACGAUGAUGAGGAUCAAGCGGGAGGCCAGAAAAUUGGAACUCAUGAUUAUCGGAGGACCUGCGUCUCAGAAUUCUGGAAUCAACGCCGGCGGAAAUCUGCCGGAACUUCCACUCCCCACGUUCAAAGGCGACUUUAUGGAUUGGCCUUCAUUUAUUAAAAUUUUCACCUCACGCGUUUUAAAGCGAGGUCAUCUGGACAAUAUUGAGAAACUAUGCUAUCUAAGGCAGUGUCUCCAGGGGCCACCAGCCCGACUCAUUGCAGGCUUGCCUCUCGAAGAUGAAUCUCUAGAGCUCUCAUUGAGUAUACUCAGCCAAUGGUAUUUCAACAAGCGUAUUCUUGUCGAUGCGGAGUUCGAUAGGAUUUUCAAAAUCACAGCUCCAGCAAUGGCGGACUCAGCCACCCUGAUGGAACUCACUACAAAAGUGUUGUCGUCCUCCGUGACCUUGAAGGUGACUGGAGUAACUGACUUUUGGGAUAGCUUCUUGGUAUACCAUGUGUCACGAUGCUUGGACCCUGAGACAUGGAAUAGUUGGAUGACGUCAAUGGAGACUUUCAAGGAUUACCCACGUUACGAGCAGUUGGAAAGUUUUAUCAAAUCACGGGCACGAAUAAUGCAGACGUUAGAAUUGUAUGCAAAGGAUCCCAAUGUCCCAAGGCAGCAACAAUUCGAGGAACAAACCAUACUGCUUGCUCCAUUGCCUGAACUCGCACCGCCACCACCCUUCUCAGUAUCUCCAGUCCAUAAUGCCUGUGAUUUUUGCGACGCCAAACAUUGUAUAAUAAAGUGCCCGAAAUUUUCGAAAUUGACCGUAGCAGAUCGAUGGAUUUUUAUCGGGGACCGUUAUCUAUGCUCCAAUUGCUUGAAACACCACAAGGUGGAAGACUGCAGAUCUAAAGGCACUUGCAACGUGUGUGACAAAAAACACCACACCCUGCUUCACGACGAGCAUGUGCUCUAGAAAUGCUUCACGUCAUCUUAUUGGGGGUUUGGUUGGGGGGCGUCGUCGUCACACCGCACAAUCUUCUUGGGGGUCUCGUUCAAUCGCCACGCCAUUCACAUUCUGGGAUCCGCUAAUUUAAUAGUACAAAACACACGAAUUAGACACAAUUACUUGCAAAAGUAACACAAUGCGUUCAAGUUGAAAAUCAAGGCUACUCAUCUGUGAGAUGAACCCACAGGUUACACUUAUGUGGAUGAAGACUCUUGCAUCUCCAAAAUGAAUAUCACCUCCUGAAUUGUGAUAAUUCCGAUGCGAUCCAACCUCUGCGAUUCAUCUACAAUAGGAUGAUCACCUUCAGGAUUUAUCAUGGGGGGUGGUGCUAUCAUGUCUCCUCGAUUACUCUAUACUCGUGGACACGUCAGCCAACCGAACCUGAAAACAUAACUGCAUUAGUGUCUUGUUCAAGCGUGUCUCUCUUCCAACGAAAUCUUGGCUAUACAGAAAUCGAUGAUCACUGGCAUUUCAUGCAAAGGUAUUCUUCCCUCAACGAACUGUUUCGUCUAAUAAUAAUUCGUUUUAGAAUUAUUUGACGAUUCAAGAAAACACUGUACUCAUCGCUAACAACGCUCAUACAAAUUGCUGACUUGGAAAGAGCUACAUGCAAAGGUAUUCUUCCUUUAACGAACUCUUUCGUCUAAUAAUAAUUCGUUUUAGAAUUAUUUGACGAUUCAAGAAAACACUGUACUCAUCGCUAACAACGCUCAUACAAAUUGCUGACUUGGAAAAAGCUACAUGCAAAGUUAUUCUUCCUUCAACGAACUGUUUCGUCUAAUAAUAAUUCGUUUUAGAAUUAUCUGACGAUUCUAGAGAACACUGUACUCAUCACUAACAACGCUCAUACAAAUUGCUGACUUGGAAAGAGCUACAUGCAAAGGUGUUCUUCCUUUAACGAACUGUUUCGUCUAAUAAUAAUUCGUUUUAGAAUUAUUUGACGAUUCAAGAGAAUACUGUACUCAUCACUAACAAC